AUGUCUCUCAAAUUGCAGAGGUCCCUUCAACGGACCGCUCUGCGGUCUUACGGUACCGUUCAAGCGCCGCCCAGUGCUACUUCACUCGCCAGUCGCAUUCCCAAUGUUCUCGUCGAGGCAACUGCUGCUACUGCACCCCGCAUCAAUUGGACGCGUGAGGAAAUCAGUCAAAUCUACAACACUCCUUUGAACCAGCUCACAUAUGCAUCUCAAGCGGUGCACCGUAAAUUCCAUGACCCAUCGGCAAUUCAAAUGUGCACAUUGAUGAAUAUCAAGACUGGUGGUUGCAGUGAAGACUGCUCAUACUGUGCCCAGUCAUCGAAACACCAAACUGGUCUCAAGGCCACUAAAAUGAGUCCUGUCGACGAUGUUCUCGAGAAAGCCCGUAUGGCCAAGGCCAACGGCAGCACACGAUUCUGCAUGGGUGCCGCCUGGCGUGACAUGCGUGGUCGGAAAACCAGUCUGAAGAACGUCAAGCAGAUGGUUUCCGGAAUUCGAGACAUGGGCAUGGAAGUUUGCGUGACACUGGGUAUGAUCGAUCAGAACCAGGCUAAGGAGCUGAAAGAAGCUGGUUUGACUGCAUACAACCACAACCUCGAUACCUCUCGCGAAUUCUACCCCACCAUUAUCACCACUCGCUCUUACGACGAGCGUCUCCGCACAUUGGACCAUGUGCGCGAUGCUGGCAUUAAUGUUUGCUCUGGUGGUAUUCUUGGACUUGGAGAGACAGAUGAGGACCGUGUGGGUUUGCUGCACACUGUUUCCAGCCUGCCUUCUCACCCCGAAUCUUUCCCUGUUAAUGCUCUCGUCCCCAUCCCGGGAACUCCUCUUGGUGACCGGAAGAUGAUUCCCUUUGACCGUAUCCUCCGUACUGUUGCGACCGCCCGUGUUGUCAUGCCUGGUACUAUUAUUCGUCUUGCGGCUGGUCGCAUUGCGUUGACUGAGGAACAACAGGUUGCCUGCUUCCAAGCUGGUGCCAAUGCUGUGUUCACCGGUGAGAAGAUGUUGACUACCGAUUGCAAUGGAUGGGAUGAGGACCGUGUCAUGUUUGACCGAUGGGGCUACUACCCCAUGAAGAGCUUCGAGAAGCCGAAGGUCCCGGGUGCUCAGACCACUGUGACUCCACCCGCUGAAUCGGAGACUGCUGCGCCGGUCGCAGCUAGCGUAUAG